GACAAACGCCGUCGGCGAAUACGUGAGGAGGGGGAAAAUUCGCGUUGAGAAAAUAAGAUUGGAGUUCUUCCGUGGCGGCUUUUUUAAAAAAAAAAAAUAGCGAUAUGCGUGCAUUUAAAAACAAGACAAAAAUCAAGUGCUUAUUCUGGACAGACGCCCUUGGAUGCGACGAGCUAUUGGGAAGGACCCUUGUCGCGUGUGUCCUAUUGCCGUGAGGGAAAGGAGCAGCCGCCGCUUCAUUGGGAUAAUCACACGGUUCAUUGAUUUUGUUGUCAUUAGUGUUGUGGCGGUGAUGUCGGUAACGGAUUUGUUCAGUGUGAUCCAGAGCUCCCUGUCCGCGGACCAGGAUGUGAGGGAGGAAAUAAGAAAAGUUGUCCAAGUCCUUGAACAGACAGCUCGUGAGAUACUUACCCUGCUGCAGACUGUCCAUCAGACAUCUGGCUUGAAAGACGUAACGAAGAAGUGCCAGAAAGCACGUGAACAUUUUGAUGCUGUGAGGACACAACUGGAUGAACUGAAAACCAAAUUCCCUGCAGACCAGUAUUACAGGUUUAAUGAGCACUGGAGGUUCGUGCUGCAACGCCUCAUCUUCCUGGCAGCGUUUGUCGUCUAUCUGGAGUCUGAAACCCUGGUGACCCGGGAAGCUGUUGCAGGAAUACUAGGAAUUGAAGUGCACCGAGACAGAGGCUUUCAUCUCGAUAUCGAGGACUAUCUUUCAGGACUGCUGAUCCUGGCUAAUGAACUGGUAAGACAGAGCAAUGACUGAAGGAAUGCCACCUAGAGAUAGACAGCAGAGGAAAUAUUGAUUGUUUUCACAAUCCUGCAUGAGGGUAGUACUGAUCCCCACAAACUUUGUUAUUCUGUAGGCAAAUCACCAUAACUAAUCAAUCAGGUUCCAUUCCCUAGCUCACAUCCACAAGUGAUUAACAUUUGUUUAACAUCUCAGUGAACUAGUUAGAUUGGAAUGUAGUUGAUGAUUUAAGAAAUUAUAAUAGGAUGGUCAGCUAUUCACAUGAAUACAUCUGAGGUCUUGUGGCACUGUGUUAACGCCUCGGGGCUAGAAGAUCCAGGUUCAAGUCCCAUCUCAGGCUGACGGCCAUGGAGGUGCCACAAUCUGUCCAAACAAAUUAUAUUUUUUUUUAGAAAAUCACACAAAUCCUCCAUGAUCUGUAAUUAAACCACUAAAUAAGACCACAACAACUAGCUUCUUAUGGUCACUCCUCUUCAUUUAUUCUAAAACUAACAUUGCUGGAUAUAAGUUAUAAAAUAUCUCUGGAGGAAAGAAAUUAUUACGCCAGUGUUUGACUGCAACCUACCAGCUUUCUGGUUUCAGUUCACCUUGUAAACUCUUUAAUAGUUCUUGCUUUGUUCAUUGUGACUUUAACAUAUAGAACUUUAACAGUUGCCUUCUGAAGCCCCAUACAAUAAGAUUAAGUCAGGUUAAGGCGAUCAUCAACAGGUCCAGGGGUCUCCCA